AUGGAUGAUGAAAAUAAUGUUAAAUUCACUGCUCAAGAUUUAUAUGAUAAGAAAGCAGACAAAACAGAGCUUCAAACAUUAAAGACUGAAAUACUUCAAACAUUAUAUCCUAUAGGCUCUAUUUAUACAUCAAUGAACUCAACAAAUCCAGCAAGUGUUUUAGGUUUUGGUACGUGGAAGCAGAUUGUAGAUAAAUUCUUAUACUGUGCUAGAUAUUCAAAGCAAACAGGAGGUUCGAAGAAAAUUAAAGAAGCAAACCUUCCACCGCACACUCAUACAGGAACUACAAACUUUUCUGGCGACCAUAGCCACUCAUUAAGAGACCACCCAUUAUACAACUCAGACUAUGAAGCUGGCAAUGACGUUUUAUCUCCAUCUUAUAACAAUUCAGCAAAAAAGACUUUUCGACCAACUGAACCAGGAGGAAAUCAUUCACACACUUUCACAACAAAUCCAACAGGCUCGGGUGCAGAUUAUAUGCCACCAUUUGUGACUAUAUUCGCAUGGUACCGCGUUCAAUGA